AUGACCCAACCUCCCAGUUCUCGAAUGGGGUCCUGGACAACUUCGAAGCUUACGGAGCCAGAGCUCCCGGAUGGGUUGGAGUCUUUCAAUGGGAGCGACCAGUGUGCGACCCCAUUUCGGUCGCACGCCUGGCGGCGGGCGGCUCCGCCGGAAGGCGCCACCGCGACGCCCGAGGCGACGGACCUCCACGUGGUCUCUCUCCGUAAGCCGCGCGACUCGGUGAGGGCUUGCCCGGCCAGGUCUUGCUGGACCUGGAAGGAGAGGGUGCUCGGCGAUGGCCACGACUUCUUUAUCCCGCGGCCGAGGACGGCCCGGCGCCUGUCCUCCGUCAUCCGGUCGACCUCGUCGCCGGAGGUGCCGGUGGAGGAGGCAGCAGUCCUGGGGAAUUGCAAGCGCUUCGACGUCUACCUGGCCCUUGGGGCACCGGCAGCGCCUGAGUCGGUCUGCCGGCACGUGGCCGAUGUUGCCGCCCAGCAGAUGGCGUGCUUCUCCUUGCAGCAGGGCAGCUGGCUGGAGGGCAUGAAGACUUGGCUCUUCCAGGCCACUUCGGGCUUCGAUUUCCCCGAGCUGGUCUCCUCCCACAGCCGCCUUGGCACGGUGGCCGGCUCAAAAGGCGUCCAAAGCGACGCCAAAGCGCUGCGGAAGGUCCUGGAGGUGCGCUCCGGGCCGCAGGCGGUGGCCUCCUACUGUGCGGCCGUGGCCGCUGGCUUGGAGGGCCGUCCCAAGGACGCCUUCAACCCAUGCUCCGCGCGUGACGCCCACAUCAUGCUGCAGCUCAAGCGCACUUUGGAGGCUGUAACUUCGACGGAUGACGCCUUUGGUGGCCCACCCUGCGGCAAGCGCCUCGGGCUCGUUUUCCGCAUCGCGCUCGAGGUGGGCAAAGGCGUGCGCAACCCCCAGCGCCUGCCGCAACUGGACCAACUCCAGGCCUACGGCGAGGGCCGCCUGGCCCGUGCCCCGCGCGCGGCUGCGGCGGCAGCAGCAGAGGCGGCCGAGAGGACCAUCCUCGAGCCCGCCGUGGCCAAGUGCGCUGGUAAGCUCCGGGGCUUCCGCCAUGCGGGCCGGGUGCGGGCGCUCCGGGCGCAGGCCGCCAAGCUCUUCCAGCAGCUCGAGCUGGGCUCCACGACGGCCGUGGAGCUGCAAACAGCGAGGAGGCGUCUGAACCGCUUGCUGCAUGCGCCGAGCCUGGCGCUCAAGGACGGCGCGGAGAUCGACCAGGAGGCAGUCCUGGCGGACGUGCAGUCCUUGGUGUCCACAACGCUGCAGACCAGCACAUCGAGCCCAACGGAAGACAAAAGGUAA